AUGGCUACCGUAGAUAUUACUGGCUUGAACAGCAAUGACCUCAACAAUCCUUUUAGGUUUGAAGGGUAUCAUUUCAAACGUUGGCAACAAAAGAUGAUGUUUUCUUUAACUAUGAGAAAAGUUGUCUAUGUUUUGAACAUUGAUAUUCCGGUGGUACCUGAGGAUGUUGAGAAGGAAGUGAAAGAUAAAAUGACUAUGGAAUUAGCUCUCUGGAAUGAAAAUGAUUACCUAUGCAAGAAUUUCAUUCUGAAUGGGUUAGCUGAUGAUCUCUAUGAUUAUUAUAGCCCAUAUAAGUCUGCCAAAUUAGUUUGGUUGGCUCUGGAAAAGAAGUAUGAUACUGAGGAAGCUGGGACUAAAAAGUAUGUUGUUAGCCGCUACCUCAAGUAUCAAAUGACUGAUGAUAAAUCAGUAGAGUCUCAAUCCCAUGAGAUACAGAAAAUUGCUCAUGAUAUCAUAUCAGAGGGUAUGGCAUUGGAUGAGCAAUUUCAAGUUGCUGUCAUCAUAGACAAGCUGCCUCCUAGCUGGAAGGAUUUCAAAAACCUUCUCAGACACAAGACCAAAGAAUUCUCUUUGGAGUCUCUGAUCACACGUCUGCGCAUUGAGGAAGAGGCACACAGACAAGAUUAG